AUGGAGGCCGCUUCGGCGCGGUUCGCUGCCAGAGACCGCUGGGGGGAGAUGGGAGCUGCCCCAGCACCUUCGCAGCUUCACCGGUUCAUCCAGGCAGCGUGCAGUCCCGAGAAUUACGAGCCAAACCUCGCGCUGAACCUCGAGAUCGCCGACCUGAUCAAUGCCAAGAAGGGUUCGGCCCCGCGCGAGGCCGCCGUUGCCAUCGUCAACUAUGUCAACCACCGCAAUCCCAACGUCUCGCUGCUCGCACUCAACCUGCUCGACAUAUGCGUCAAGAAUUGCGGCUACCCGUUCCAGCUGCAGAUCUCCACCAAGGAGUUUCUCAACGAGCUGGUGCGCCGGUUCCCCGAACGACCCCCGAUCCGCCCGUCGCGCGUCCAGCUCAAGAUCCUCGAAGCCAUCGAAGAAUGGCGCAGCACUAUCUGCGAUACGAGCCGCUACAGGGAGGACCUGGGCUUCAUCCGCGACAUGCACCGCCUGCUGAGUUACAAAGGAUACACUUUUCCGGAGGUUAGGAGGGAGGAUGCCGCCGUGCUGAAUCCCAGUGAAGUACGUGGUAGCCUUUGA